UGAUUCAAGAAAAAAGUUAGCAAACUUUUGGUGAAAAUGUAUGUAACAAGGUCUCUUUCUUACUACAAAAAGAAUCCAGAGGCACUUUCAUUACCUCCUGAUGGUCCAAAUUCAGGUUACUUAGUGAUUAAAGAUUCAGAAUCUGAAACAUAUUGUUGUUUUGGACUUUGCAAAAACUAUGAAAUCAUGGACUUGCCUCUCCCUCAGAACAAGAAGCUGACCAUUCGAUACGAAAUGAGUAAUGGUCAGAGCACGAGCGUUAACAGGAACAGUGUAAUGUUCAUUCCAGUUCUUAAUAAGCCACUGUCUUCUAAUCAGUACUAUGCUAUCAAGACUCAUGGAAAGAACAAGGGACAAGCAUUCACUUGUUCAAAGGAGGAAGACAAGAAAAGCUUUUGUUUCUGUAGAUGUGUACGGGACGUUAAACCGAAGCCAUUAGAUCCAGAGGAGGCACUUCAGCAGUUUGAGAUAUGUCUAUAUGAUAUAUGUUGCAAAGCCAGAGGUAGUUUUUAUGCUAAGUCUCUUGCACCUGAUGGUUUUCCACCACACUUUCUAAGGCGAAAAGGUUGGCAUCUCAGUGCUGAAAAUCCUAAAAAAAUUGAACUAAAUUAUGAUGCUAUAGGCCUUAAUGCUGAGUUGAGGCAACAACUUCCACAGUUCAAUUUUGCAUCAUCUUAUAAGAGUUCUGAAGUUGUUGUGGGGAACUGGUAUUGUCCUUUCGUGUUUAUCAAAGAUGGAACAGAACUUAAAAAACAGAUGAAGAGAUCGAUGUUCUACGAAAUGACACUUGAGCAGAGAUGGGAGCAGUUUUUCACUUGUCACAAUGACAAAAUUAAUGAAGGGAAUUCAGUACUUGUCGAUGUUGCACUUGACACACAAGUUGUCCUUAUUGCCGGAACUGAUAAAGCAAUGUGGGAUGAUAGAAACGUCGUGGAAGGAGUAAUAUGGUUUAAAAGCUAUGGUAAAGAUGGAAAUGAAGUAGCAAGUUUGGGAUUGAGACAUGAAAUAGUUGAAAGAAUGAAGUGGGAACAACAGAGAGGUGGAUGGCAAAAUCAAGGGAGGAUCAAACAAGUCGAAGAGAACAGAGAAAAUAGUAACGGAUGGAGAAGAUUAAGUUGCUAUGUUUUGGUUGAGAGGUUCGUGUUGAGACGAAUGGAUAGAAGUUUGGUGAUGACUUAUGAUUUCAAGCACAUUGACAAGGUUAAAAGCAUAUGGGACUAACACAGUUUAUGAGACCACAUGUAGUGUUGAUGUUUCUGUAUGCAUGUGUGACCUAUAUUGCUCGGACUCCCUAAAGAUGUUGCCGCACUUCCAUUGAGUCCUCCAAGAAAACGCUACUUUUGGAGGAUCUGACACACAUCCGGUGGCAUUUUUUAUGAGUCCAAAGAAUAUACUGUAUGAAUAUUUUGGUGUAUUAGUGUUCUGGUACUAUUUGUUGUUUCAUUUAUUUCCAUUACAAUUUGCCUGUAAAGGGCUACUUC